CACUUAUAAAUACACCCCUUCUUCCUCGUUUUUUCCAAUACCCACCCUCCCCCACCACCACCACCCACAGAUUCUUCACGCGCCGCCACCGCAUUCAUUUCCCCGGAGAUCUAUCCUUUGCAUGGCAGUGAGCUUUCUGGCGCGCGAUGUAUCGGACCUCUGCCUUGGGAAGCCGCCGCUGAGGUCGCUGUCCACCGCCGCCACCAUCGCUGACGCCUUGGCUGUGCUGAAAAACUCCGACGAGAGUUUUAUCAGCGUGUGGCUCUGCUGUGAGCACGAGAAGGAGAAGGAACAGUGCAGAUGUGUAGGAAAAGUGUGCAUGGUUGAUGUUAUCUGCUACCUUUGCAAAGAGGAUAAUCUCUUGUCUCCUUCUUCUGCCCUUAACCAACCCAUUUCUGUGAUUCUCCCUAAGGAUUGCUCUCUCGUUGUUCAUCUCCAACCUUCUUCUAGCUUGUUGGAAGCUAUUGAUCUUAUACUCCAAGGGGCACAGAAUCUUGUGGUGCCAAUAUUGACAACAAAGAGGAGUGGAGUUUCAAGAAGGAAACAGCAUCUGAAGGCAUCAUCAACUAUCAACAGCCACAACGGUUGUGAGUUCUGCUGGUUGACUCAAGAGGAUGUGAUUCGGUUCCUUCUUGGUUCCAUUGGGGUCUUCACUCCACUUCCUGCACUGUCUCUUGACUCUCUUGGGAUCAUCAGCUCUGAUGUGCUUGCCAUUGACUACUUCUCCCCUGCAUCUUCAGCAGUGGGAGCAAUCUCAAAGUCCCUCACCCAGCAAACUUCUGUUGCCAUUCUUGACAGUGAUGGAACUUUCAUUGGGGAGAUAUCACCCUUCACCCUUGGUUCUUGUGAUGAGACGGUUGUGGCAGCCAUUGCCACCUUGUCUGCAGGGGACUUGAUGGCCUACAUUGAUUGUGGAGGCCCUCCUGAGGAUCUUGUGAGAGUGGUGAAGGCUAGGUUGAAGGAGAAGAGUUUGGAGAAAAUGCUGCAGGAGUUCACAAUUUUGUCAUCUUGUGAGAGUUUACACGCUGCAUUUUCCUCUUCCUCUGAUGAGGAAUCACCAACAAGAACAAUGACUAGGUCUGGCAGGUACUCAAGGUCAUCUAGCUAUUCAGCCAGGAUGGUGAGGAAAGCAGAGGCUAUAGUUUGUCAUCCCAAGAGCUCACUUAUUGCUGUGAUGAUCCAGGCCAUUGCUCAUAGAGUGAACUACUUGUGGGUUAUUGAGGAUGAUUGUAGCUUAGUUGGCAUUGUUACUUUUUCUAACAUGUUGAAGGUGUUCAGAGAACAUUUAGAGACCAUGUAGACUGUUAGGAAUACUGUGCUGAGGAUUUGGCUUUGGAUGCUGGUUAGAAGCAUGAACCAAGGUCAAUGAGCAUGGCCCUUCUGUUGUUAUGAGUAUUGCACUGUGGCCCGGGAGGUUUGGUUUUUGUUGUACUUUUUUUCAGUGUGCUUCCCCUUCUAAUAAAACUCCCUUCAAAGCAAUUCUUUGUAGAGGACCAGUUUUUCCUGCCUUAGUUUGCCUGAGGGUACUUCAAAUGUUCCCUUCUCCAACGAAACAUUUUCUUUUGCAAUGAAAAUUUGUGUAUCAGUUUACUUUA